AAAUGGCGACGUCCUCGGCUGUGGGACGAAUUUUCAGUCUAUGUAGAAAUUUUCAAAAUGUCUUGAAAAUAGCUUCAGCCUCUAAACCACAACAGUCAACUCUUUAUUUUAACAAAUGCUACGUCGGUCUUUACGGGUAUGCUAUUCACACCUCUUUACAUUUAGGCUACGUCGGUCUUUACGGAGGAAUAUCUCCCCUGGCUUCUUCAGUAUCCCUGUCUGCUUGCUCUGAUCUGCACUGUCGGACCCUGCACACAUCCAUCAAUAGGCGAGGACUGGAUGAAUUCUUUGACUUUCCUGAGAAUAGGGGUGAAACUACUGUCAAGUCAGGUGCUCCAUGGACUGCUAAACAGCUAAGGACGAAGAGCAAUGAAGAUUUACACAAACUUUGGUAUGUACUCCUUAAAGAAAAGAACAUGUUGCUGACACUUGAGCAGGAAGCUAAAAGGCAGCGGCUUCAAAUGCCAAGUCCAGAGAGAAUACGAAAGGUUGAAAGAUCCAUGAUAAGACUGGAGACUGUAGUAAAUGAACGAGAGACUGCAGUGCGGCUGCUACAAACAGGACAAGAGAAGGGUAGACCAGGAGCCUGGAGGAAGAACAAAUUUGGAUACAUCUAUUGGUAUCGUUUCAAAGAAUAUGCUAUCCCAUGGUACAUGAAUAGGCGUUACAAGAGGAAGCAGUUUUACACUCCGAAAUUUGUUGAGCCCCAUAUAAGGUUACGUAUAGAGAAGAACAUGCGAGAGCGAGCUAGGAAGAAAACAUUACAGAAAGAAACUCUUGAAAAACUCAAAGAGAAGUUUCCCCAAAUGAAGGUCUCUGCAUCCUGAAAAGUGUAACCUUUCAAGAAACACAUCUCUACAACUAACACUGUACAUUUUUGAAAGUUGUUAAUGUUUAUAAACCAUGCUAAAUAAUAAAGUUACUU